AUGGGUCAACAUAACUCUUCAUCAUCAUUUGAUAAUGAUGAUUCUUCGUCAAUGAGCGAUAAUGACGUUAUUGAUGAAGUAAACAGAGUAGAAAUGAAUCCGUUUUGUGUGGGAAUAAUUGGGACUGGGGAAGGUGGUAAAAGUACACUUGUGAAAAAUUUCAAAUCAGCAUUGAACAAGUACUCGCUAACAGAGUUUGAUAGAGAAGAAUUAAGGCGGAUACUAUAUUACAUGAUGAAGAAUGCUAUGGCUAGUAUUUUAAAUACAGAGUUGGAUAAUCAAUAUCUUAGUAAUAAUAUCGAUUCGGAUUAUGAGGCAAUAAGGAAAUUCAUUCCAUUCUUUACCACUCCCAACAUUCACUUGGCAUAUAGUAAUCGUCACAGAUAUCAGUUUCCUUUGGAAAAUUUUGAAAGUCUAUUGAGAAAAGUGGAUUCUAUUCAAAAUCUUGAUAUUGGAUUACAGGAAGAUUUGGAAUCAUAUUGGAUGGUAGACUUAUUGGAAAGCAAGAUUUUAAAUGGAUUCAUGAUAGAGGGUGUUGAACCAAUCAAACCAUUCAUUAAUUUUGGAAAAUCAAAUAACUCUUCAAUAGAAGUCAAUCAAAUUCCUUCAACCAACAUGAAUGAAGACAUGCUCUCAGAAAUUUUCAAGUUUUUGAAUCCAUAUGAUUUGUUUUCAGUCAUGCAAUCAUGUAAGCAAUUCAACAAAGCAGCAAAUAGAGAAAAUGUUUGGUACAAUUUGUGUAAAUAUCACCACCCACAUAUUAGCUAUAGAUUUGCUAUGAAAACAUUUGAAGAAAUGACAAGAAAUCAGCUUGAUUCUAUUGAUGAAGAAAACAAUAUAUUCAAAGUGUAUUACAAAAAUAGAGGAUGGAUUGUUCAAAAGUCAAUACAAUACAUCCAAAAUAUGUAUCUAUCUCAUAUACCUCCAACAAUAUCUUACAAGAAGACCCUUGUUAUGAAUCUAAUAGAUUAUAAGGAGACAAAGCAAGCAAUACUACAGAUAUUAAGAAAUGAAAGAGUUAUUUCUUAA